AUGGAUGACAAUGACGAGUACGGCGACGAGUUCGACGACACCGAGUUUCUCGAUGCCGCAACACAAGCUGAAAAAGAGAACACGCCUGCAUUCCUGCCUUCUCCAAGGCCAGCCAAGCGACGCAGGAUCAGCAAAGUAAAUGAGCGUACAGAGUCCGUUCCGCGCAAGACACGCCAUGGACGUCGCCGAGGUCCUUUUGUUUCGUCUGACGAAGAUGAAGACGCUUUUGAUGAAUCCGAUCGGACGUUGUCAGAUACAGGCAGCAAAAGUGUCUCAUCCCCAGAGAGCGCACCUGCAAGUCGUAAGAAGAGGGCUCAGUCGAACAAUUACGAUGAUGAAGAUGCGUCGCCUAUCAAAGAGUCCGCUGCAGAUAAGCGGAAAGAGUGCAUCCAUGUGUCGACCACCAAUGUGGAAAUGCCAGACAUGUUUCUAACACAACCACCUCAGACAUAUUCCCCACCGUGGAAGCCGAGAGGAGCGAUUUGGGCAAAGCCUACUACCACAAUCGGUGUGCAUAAGCCAUCUGAAUCUAAGAAGUCGGCUGGGUCGAACACCACGAGCAAUAUCUCUUUACCGGGUAGACAGUCAACAUCGUCUCGUCCUGCGCCACACGCGCCCUCGUCUCCUAUCCUUCCAGACUCGCCCAUUGAGAUCGAUGAAUCCCCCAAACUACCGGUUCGCACUGCAAUUGCGACUGCAUCAGGUGACUACGACUAUGCCCAAGACCUCGCAGAUCUCCCGUCCGAUGCUUUUGCCUCGUCCUCUUCGUCGCCACAAAAACAGGGAGAUGUGGAGGUAACCAGUGCUCGAAAGCGUGUCGUUGCACCUCUGACCGGCCUACGACAGACUACUUUAUUUGGUCGUGCUGGUAUCGAUGGCACAAUACCUGCUACUCAAGUAAACAAGCGUUACAACUUUGUUGUCGAUCAGAAGGCCGAGCCACCCACUCACCACAAGCUAGAUCCAGAAGCGAUCAAGACUUGGGUCUAUCCAACAAAUCUUGGAACUAUCCGAGACUAUCAGUUCAACAUCGUUCAAAGAGGUCUUUUCAAUAAUCUGCUUGUGGCUCUUCCAACUGGUCUUGGUAAAACAUUCAUUGCAGCCACCAUCAUACUCAACUGGUUUCGAUGGACCACCGACGCACAGAUUGUAUUCGUUGCCCCAACGAAGCCGCUCGUUGCACAGCAAGUGGAGGCUUGCUUCAACAUUGCAGGCAUACCACGCUCAUACACCACAAUGCUUACUGGAGGCGUGUCGACAGGACUACGAGCGGAGGAGUGGAAGGAUAAAAGAGUCUUUUUCAUGACGCCUCAAACACUUUUGAACGACUUGAAGUCUGGGUAUGCAGAUCCCAAGAGGAUAGUAUUGUUAGUCGUUGAUGAGGCCCACCGAGCGACCGGCGCUUACGCAUACGUGGAAGUUGUUAGCUUCCUUCGCCGAUUCAAUUCGAGUUUCCGGGUAUUAGCACUAACAGCCACACCUGGUGCUGAUGUAGAGGCCGUCCAGAAGGUCAUCGAUGGCCUCGAUAUUUCCAAGGUUGAGAUUCGAACGGAGAAUUCUAUGGAUAUAUGCAGUUAUGUGCAUCAACGCAAGAUCGACAAGCAAGUUUUCCAGAAUACAGAUGAGAUGGAGAUGUGCAUGGACUUGUACAGCGAAGCACUGCAGCCCUUAGUAAACACUAUCGCAGGACUCAACGCUUACUGGAGCAAGAACCCCCGCGAUCUGACGCCUUUUGGCUGUCAGCAAGCCAAGAAGAAGUGGUUUCUAGAAGUCGGCCGCAAUGCCAACCGCGGCCUUCAGAGUACAGUUCACACUAUCUUCGCUAUCCUGGCAUCAAUCUCACACGGAAUGGAUUUGCUGAAAUACCACGGUAUGGGUCCUUUCUAUAUCAAAAUGAAGGAAUUUCAGGACGAAGCUGCUAAAACGAAGUCCAAGUAUAAGAAGCAGGUCCUUGACAGUGACGCUUGGAAGAAGCUGAUGGUGCGUCUCCAAGGGUGGAUCACGGAUGAUAAUUUUGUUGGGCAUCCGAAGCUAGAGUACCUGCAGCAAGUCAUUCUGGAUCACUUUGUGAAUGCAGGUGAUGGCAGCAACGUUGAUGGUGCGCCUUCAUCACAAACGAGAAUCAUGGUAUUCGCCCACUUUCGUGAUAGCGCCGAAGAGAUCGCACGCAUCCUUAAGAGACAUCAUCCGAUGAUCCGCCCACGCAUCUUUGUUGGACAAGCACACGGGAAGAACUCGGAAGGCAUGUCGCAAAAAGACCAGCUGGAGGCUAUCGAGAAGUUCAAGAACGGUGAAUUCAAUACGUUGAUUGCGACAUCAAUUGGUGAAGAAGGACUGGAUAUUGGUGAGGUUGAUCUCAUUAUCUGUUACGAUUCGAAAGCAUCGCCAAUUCGCAUGCUGCAGCGUAUGGGUCGUACAGGUCGAAAACGUCAGGGACGAAUUGUGAUGCUCCAGAUGCAAGGCAAAGAAGAGAACGAUGCAAACAAGGCAAAUGAUAGCUACCUCAAGAUGCAGGAACUCAUCGCGGAUGGAGGGCACUUCAAUUUCCAUGACGACGUCUCUCGCAGAAUCUUACCACCAGAUGUCAAGCCGGUUGUUGAGCGGCGCGUGGUGGAUAUCCCAACCGAAAAUACUCAGAAAGACUGGCUACCGGAACCGAAGAAGGGAAGGCGGACCAAGAAGCCUCCCAAGAAGUUCCAUAUGCCCGACGAUGUGAUUACCGGCUUCGUUACUGCAGGCCGUAUGGGUGAAGAAAUCGUGCCCAAAGCCCGAGGGAAGAAAGCUGCAGCACCCGUUUAUCCAAGCGAGACAGCAUUCGAGAUGCCAUCACUGGAUUCGGUGCUACUAGACGAUGUAGCGGCUCAAGACCUCGAGAGACGGUACCAGACUGUUUUUGACGACGAUGACGCCCCUAUGGUGGGCGUGCUAGACCUGAGUAAAUUUCCCGAGCGGCAGCGCGUCCUGCCUUACAAGAAUGGACGAAUCGGACCAGGUCGCGUGACACGGGCUUUUGCCAGUACUAUGCAGCGCAUGCACGAUAUGGAAACUGACCGCCUGGAAAAGUUCCAGCGGGACCUGCACUAUUCGGAUUGCGAAUCAGAUGCGGAUGACGGUCUCGUCGUGUCGAAUACUGAAGUAGCGUCCGUGAUUCCGGAAGACAUUCAGGAGGACAUGUGGGAAGACGAUCAACCUGCAUCACAAGGCCUUCCGACUACCAAAGCAAAAGCAAAGCCUGGCCCGAAGCCCAAAGCAAAGGCACCGGCGAAACUGAAGGAGAAAGCACCGCCAAAAGAGAAGACGCCGCCGAAACCAAAAGAAAAGUCAGCACCAAAACCCAAAGAGAAGCCGGCUCCGAAGACCCCUAAGACUCCAGCACCUCGUGCUCGAACCCGAAAAGAGAAACCGGCUGCAGAGACGCCAAUCCCAUACCCCGAAACAGCGGAUGAAACACCAAGAACAAAGACGCCCAACUGGCGCGUGUCUAAUCUUGCUCAGGAAGGCGACGAAUCAUCCCCGCCACCGACAGAUCCCCGUUUCCACCUCCCAUCCCAAGCUGACACAAUCGGAUCUGACGACACGAUGGGGGCGGACGAACCGGAGGAUCCACUGGCCUGGCAGAACGUGUCGGAACUGGCUAGUUUCAUCGUCGAAGAAGAUGAAGAAGAGGUGGUUCCAACCUCUAGUCUACCUAGUAUUGACAUGUUUGGCGUUGGGGCGGGAACUCAAGCAGUCGUCAAAGCUGCCAGACCGAAGAGGACACCCAGGCGUGAAAAGCUGUUUACCAGCGACAUCACUGAUGACGACGCAAUUGUCAGUAGUGACAGUGAUGAUGACGCACCGGUCAUCAGACGUGGUGCUGGCGCGAGUAAGAAGGAAGCAGUCGUUGUCGAUUCUAAUUCCGAGGCGGAAGAAGACGAGCCUAUUGUUCCCAGGAAGAGAGGCAGGCGAAUCAUUGUCGAUGACUCAGAUGAGUGA